UAACAGGGCCGUGCUGCCUCUCUAUGACCGGAAGGAAAGGGGGAACGAGAAGGCGCUCUGGCCCGCCCAGUCUCUGUACCCCAGCGCGCAGCCGGCCUAGGCCGAGGAGGGCUGACGUUGGACAACAAAGAUGGCGGCGGCGGCGGGCAGCAGCAACUACUGGGAGGAUCUGAGGAAGCAAGCCCGGCAGCUCGAGAAUGAACUGGACCUCAAGCUGGUCUCCUUCAGCAAGCUCUGCACCAGCUACAGCCACAACAGCUCCCGAGAGGGAAGGCGCGACAGGUAUAGCUCUGACACAACCCCUCUCCUGAACGGAUCGAGCCAAGACCGGAUGUUCGAAACGAUGGCUGUGGAAAUUGAGCAGCUCUUGGGGAAACUGACAGGGAUAAAUGACAAAAUGGCCGAGUAUGCCAACAGCGCAGGAGUGCCAUCCCUCAACGCAGCUCUGAUGCACACCUUGCAGCGGCACAGAGACAUCUUGCAGGAUUACACACAUGAAUUCCAUAAAACCAAAACCAACUUCCUGGCUGUGCGAGAGAGAGAGAAUCUCAUGGGCUCAGUCCGGAAAGAUAUUGAGUCCUACAAAAGUGGCUGUGGCGUGAACAACAGAAGGACGGAGCUCUUCCUAAAGGAACACGAGCACCUUCGAAACUCUGACCGGCUGAUGGAAGAGACCAUAAGCAUUGCCAUGGCAACGAAAGAAAACAUGACAUCUCAACGAGGGAUGAUGAAGUCCAUACAGAGCAAGAUGAAUACCUUGGCCAAUCGGUUUCCAGCUGUCAACAACCUGAUCCAGCGCAUCAACCUCCGCAAGCGACGAGACUCUCUCAUCCUGGGUGGCGUGAUCGGGAUCUGCACCAUCCUCCUGUUGCUCUACGCUUUCCAUUGACGGGACGCUUUGCACAGAGACUUCUGAACUCCACCUAGCCCAGGAGCGACGGGCAGGCGAAGACUAUUGGAACGGUUCCCCCUCCACUGACACAGGCCAAGGAUCAUGCGGGCAGGGGGAGGGCGUGCUCCCUCUCUCCAAGGCUGGCCACAUGUCCCAAAAGUGGCUCCCCUUUUUCUCCCUUGUACGGUGCUCGUCCUUUUCGGUUACAGUUAUGCUCAAACAUGUGCGUUUCCCCUUCUUUUGAAAACAAAUAUAUCUAUCUUGGCUAACGGUGAGUAAAAUGUGGCCAGAACUCUGCCACAUUUAGAAUCACCUGAGACUUUUUUGAAAAGCAAUCAAUCUUCUUUCUUCCCCCCCCCAAAAAAAAGGCCAUACAAAUUUUCUUGAGCCCAUCUCCCCAUGAAGUGUAAGCAAGCCUUCCUUGAAUGUUUGUUUCCCGCAAGGAAGAUCUUGAGGUGGCUUUAAGCCAGCACACGUUGGCUUUAUUAUGAGGACAGCUUGAAAAUGAUGUAUAAGUUCUUAAAACUUCAACCUUGUCCAGUCACUUAGUAAUUCCUGCGUUACUUUGAGCCACUGCCACCUCUCGCAGGGAGAUGCCUUGGAGAGGAAUUCUUAAAGGAUUUAAGGGGGAAGAUCUGGGUGGGGUAGGGUGAUGUAUCAAAUCAAUUUUUGAGAAAGAGGCUUUUGGGAGAGUUACCAAAACCCAUCAUACUGGCUUGCUGUUCUGGCCGAUCCUUCAAGGGCAAGGCUUCAUGCAAGACCCACUUUUUGUUUCUUUUUUUUAAAAAAAUCUAUUUUAAUUUAGAUGAAAAGCUAUUCCAAACUUUAUUAUCUACCGUAAUGUUUGUGGGAGGAGGGAGGAAGAUGAGGGGGGGGGAAGUCAGCCCACGAGGUGUAACCAUCAGGGGCCACCAUGUUGACAUGGGGAGCGCUUGUACGUUGAAUCCCUCUUCGUAAAACUGUUGGAGCGAAUGAAAGGCAGAAAUAGAUUGUCGUGCCAACGUGUAAUGAGCCUCGCUUAAAAAGACAGGCACAUGCUCAUGGAUCCUGCAAUGUCGUGGAAAGUUGGGGGGGGGAUUCUUUCUUUGUGUGUGUUCUGCUCUCCCUGGCAUGAAUAAGUCGUCUCUGAGAUGUAACAUUCACACACACAUCGACAAAGUGUAAGCCCUGCCCAGUUUCCUAACUAGUUCUAAAGCAUUCUACUCCUAACGACAGACACUGGAUUUCUUAUUUUUAAAACGGGGGGAAAGGGGAAAAAAUUGAGUCGGUGCAGAAUUCUGUUUUUGCCUCUCCAGACUCAGAAAAGAAAUUUUAGUUUUUCCCCCUUUAGCUAAAAGGAACAAGUCAAUCUAGGUCAGCUUUUGGUAACCUGGUGCCCCCUGCUGUUUUGGACUACAACUCCCAUCAGCCUCCAGCCAGCGCAUCCAUGAUCCCAUCAUGCCCAGCAUCAUUUGGCCAUGCUGGCUGGGAGCUGAUGGGAGCUGUAGUCUGAAACAGCUGGGGGGCACGAGGUUGUCAACAGCUGAUAUCAAGACCUUGCAACAGUCAACUCUUAACUUAGAGGCUUGCUAAUAGACCUGUUUUCAGGCCCAGCAAAAAUCUGUGCCCAGGUACUGUUGUGCAAAAAGAAACCAUUGAAAUUAACAUAGAGCUGUUCAGAUGGAUUCAGAAACUUACCGUUGUACAGAUUACUGUCCUUGUUGUACCAAGUUCCCAAGUUGAUUUAACUUGAUUCUCUUUGGGUUGUGAAGGCAAUUUACUGUUAGUGCUGAUCUUUUUUUUAAUAAAAAUUGAUAGGGUUUGUAUCUUUUGCCUAUAAGGAAUGGAUGGAUGGUUUAUUGUAGGGAAAUGUCUCCAGAUCCAAAUAAACUCUUGACUAAGCCAUUAGAAAACUGCAACAACAAAGAUUAAAGGACAAAGUGAAUUUAUUAUCAAAUUUCUGCAUCCGGAAUUGGAAAGAGUUGGCCCUGGAUACUCUAUUCUGUUCUUUUUACCAUCGGUGGUGGUUGUGCUCUGCUGAGAUGGGAAGGAUUUGGUUGCUUUAUGUAGCUGACAAAGUAAUAAAUUAAGCACUAUCCUAAAUAAAAUGCAUUUAUUUAAUCUUAGAA